UUCCCUACCCUCCACAUUGUUUCUGUCCGUUUUAAUGGCGGAAGAUGGAGGAUUUGAUGAGGAGCUGGUGUUGGAGAACUCUCCUUUGUACCAGUACUUGCAGGAUGUGGGACACACUGACUUUGAAAUCUGUCCAACUUCAUUAAGGGCGGAAGAAUGCUCAUCAAAGGAGGAACCGAAUGAACUGGAUAUCUCUGCCACACCAAUAAGAAACUUUUUACUGAAGAGUGUUCAUGCCCUUCAACAAUGGAAUCCAUUCACUGGAACCAAAAGAAUAGAUUUGGAAUCACUGGAUAUUGGAUUUCGACUGCGCUCUCUGCGAACCAUCCUGGAACAGGAAGUGCUUCUGCAGGAGGAUAUGGAGCUGAUUGAGUUACUUGACCCCAACAUCCUGCGAUCAACACAGGCCCAGCAACAGGAAAAUGGCUACCUGCCAGCCCAAUGGUUAUGGGGAACUCCUAAUAUUUGGGAUGUUUCAGUAUUCGCUGUCUUUGCGAGUGUCUUGAUCGCGACCUCAAACCUCAGUGAUGCUGUCCCUUGGGUCAUAGUUGGAAUGGGCCUGUUCGGGCUCAGUCUUUAUAUGGUUUUCAGAAGCUUCAGUUUAUGGAGAACAGCAAAGCUCCAGCAAUCCAUGAGAAAAUGCAGCAUAUGUCUGGAAAAUAUAGUGACGAAUAGCCAUGCCUUCGCCAGUCUUGUGCGAAAAUCCCUCCGACAAAUUCAGGAGACAGAAGUCAUUUCGAGAGGGUUCACGUUGGUGACUGCUGCAUGUCCUGCCAGUAAGCUGGGGAGCUCCUGGCAACAGCAAGGUCAGCAGCUAAUUGGCCUUCGGAAGGCAGUGUACAGAUCACUGAGAUGUACCUAUCGAGCUUCUCGAGUCGCUACCUGCCAGAUGCUGAAAUCCUAUCCUCUUAACUCUGAAAUUGAUAACGUGACCAAUUACCUUUCCGCAAUCCCAUUAAAGGAGCUUGGCAUGGGACUUGGCGAGGAGGCUGUAUCUGAUGAGGAGGUUCAGGAGCUGACUGAUGGUUACAGUCUCAGGCCCUUAAAGGUACUGUUUCAGUUAUGGGUGGGUCAAAGCUCGGAGUUCUUCAGACGCCUGGCAUUUUUACUGUCCCCAGUCCAGGACCCGCACAAGUUCCAUAGUACUUCAGAGCACUUAGCACAUCAUGUGUUUGCAGAAGUAACCCACGAUGUACCUCGCAUCCUCACUACUUGCCUUGAAGAAUUGAAACGCAGCUAUGACUUCCAUAGAUACUUGCAGGUACAGCACCGUUCUGAUUUGGAAGCCCCAACUAAGACCGAACAACAAUCAAGGGAGCUGAAGAAUGUAUAUACUGUAGUGCGUAGUCUGCAGCUGCACCUUAGAGCACUAUUAAAUGAGGUUAUUACUUUAGAGGAUUAUCUGGAAAAGCUCCUCGAAUCCCAGGAACAGCAUAAAAUAACAGUGGAAGUAUUCAAUGGUCUGCAUCAAAAACUGAAAUCGAUCCAGCCACAUAUGGAGGCGAGCAUAAACUGCUGGGAUGAGACAAGCAAUCAGGUGGAUAAACUAGUACACAAGUCUAUGGACAACGAAGGCAGACCUGCGGCACAGGAUAAUAAUUUGCUACCAUCCUGGAAACCCUCAGCAAAAUCUGUUGUACGGAUAGAAGACCAGGAUCCAGUCCCUGAAGAGCAGGAACUUGAGGCUUACGUAGAAGAAUCUGACUCGGAUGGAGAGUUCAGGAAGGGCAUCAUUAACUACUUGUCACCAGAGGAGCGAGAAAAGGAGAAGCGAGAGAAGGAGGAAUCCAGGAGAAUGCUUCAGGAACUGAAAAGUGUGUUGGGGUUCAAGGCCUCCGAGCUGGAGAGGCAGAAGUGGAAGCAGCUACUUUUCAAUGACCACGCUGCGCUCAACACAAUUUCAUUUGCGGACUUUACACAACUGGAGGGAGUCCCAGCGGAAUGUCAGGAGGUGAAUGCAAAUGAGCAAAGUCAUAAAGUUUGUGAUAACAGUUUCCAACAGGCAGACACCAAUCAAAUAGACAUCUUCAAGGAUAGCAAAGAAUGUUGCAGACCAAUAGGACCAGAAGCUGUUGAUGUACAUCUGAUUCAUAGCAAAAACAUUGAUCCAAGUGACACUACCAGAAUUGCUGAGGUAGAUAGAAGCUCAGCUUGCUGCUCAGAGACAGCAGAGAGUUCCGUAGAAGAGCAAGAAAAUUCACAUCCAGCUGUGUUUGAGCAGCUGCAUACGGCUGUUGAACAGAGACUUACAGAAAGGCAUGAGCCAGUCUCCCUCCACUUUACCUCAGUUCUGGCAGCGCAGGUUGCUGCUCGCUCACAGAACUUUGCUUGCUUACCAGAACAGACUUUUGGGGAUGAUGAUGAUGAGGGAGAAGAGGACGAUGAUGCUACAGCUAAAGAUGUUGAAAGUGUAAAUCCUGGAGCUCAGUAAAUACAGAGUGAUUGGAGCAUGCAAGGCUUUAUUUAUUAUUUAAAAGCACGUCAGUGCUGCAACGCCGAAAGCACCCGCUGUAACAAGGACUGUGAAUCAUUUUGUUUAGCAAAGUGAAUAACUUGUACCUUGCUGUGUGAAUUUUCACUAUAAACAAAAGAAUACAGUGAAGAUUCUCUAUGAUGGCAAUCCUACAUGAUGAUGAAAGGAACAUGUGGAUGCUGCUGGAACUUGGAAUGACCUAUUCAGCAGCCACUUGUUUCUUCUUAUUACCUUCCUGUGCUUCUACCUCAUGUGAAGGAUUUGAGUAAUAGGUUCUAGGGAAGUCAGUUACAAAUCCUUUGGACCUAUGUAUGAACCUCUUAAGGGGCAGGCACAGUCUUCUACAUAAUCCCAACAAUAUCCCUCAUCACUCUGCGCCUGGUUACUGAUGAAGUACCAAGUGAAAAAAAUGCAGUGUAGAGCAAUUAAUGCCUCACUACCUCCAAGAGUUACUGGACUAGUUCCCGGACUAAUCCAAAGAUCGCAAGUUCGUUUCCUACCACGACAGUUUGAGAGCUUGAAUUCAGUUUAAAAAAUCUGGAAGUAAAAUCAAAAUCAGGUAUUGGUAAAAGUGACCAAGAAGCUGUCAGAUUGCUGUGCCUUCUGAAAUAGGCUAGCAAACCACUCGGUUAUGAUUAUGAACUUGGGAAUGGCAAUAAAUGCCAGCCUUACCAGUGACCAAUCCAAGAAUGAGUUUAAAAAAGAAUUCUUCAUCCUACCAUCUCACCAACAAGAUUAUAACAGCAACUGGUGUGAGCUUUGUUUUUAACUAUUUCAAAAAUAAUUAAGAAAUAGUUUGGCCUUCAGCUUCACCCAUCUAUGUUUACUGAUUUAAAAUCACAAAAGUAUCUCAUCAACUUUCCUCUGCCAGCUCACCAAUUGAAGGGCUGCAGGCUGUACUCUGUGGUGCAGCUCCAUCACCUCCUCACUCAACAAUAGUGUGAGCACACACUGUAAUCACAGCCGCCCCCCCACUCCCAGCUCACUGCUGCUCAAAAGCAGAACAUCAGCUGGGCAGACAUAAAGCAAUGACAUUUUAAAGGGAACUCAGCUGUUAGAGCCCCAGGCCUGAGGAAAGGCAAUCUUACAGUCAUUAUUUCUGCCUCUUUCCUUUGAUAGAGCUCCAAAACCCACUGGGCCUUUAUCACAGCGGAGCUUGAUUAAGAGGUUCUCUAUCCUUCCUUUGAUCAUUAUCUAUAACUUGAACUAUUGUUUUGUCAAAGGAUGCAAUUAGGGCCAGCUCAUCCUUGAGUUUUUUUCCCAGACAGAAAGUUUAACCUCUAUAGGCAUUAAGAGGAUUGGAAGAACCAUUCUGUUUUAUUUGUUCAUUCCUUGGGUUUGCUUUUACAUAUGAACAUACAUACAAACAAGGAGCUGGAGUAAGCCAUUCAGUCCCUUGAGCCUGCUCCACCAUUUAAUAAGAUCAUGGCUGAUCUGAU